CGGGUCUCGGGCGAAUCAGUGCGCGUUUCCCUCUGCCAUUUGCGCGUCGGUACGCGGCAGCGGUGUUACCGGAAUCUUCGACGUGUGCUUACCGGUGCGUAGAAGACGCGUAACCGCCGUGUCGGUUGAGAAGUGUGCUUUUUACGGGUUCGGUGCUAUUCGUGCGUGAAUUUCUCGCGAUCAAAUCGAUCGAUAUGGCGGACACAGAGGCCAAGGAAACCAAAGUCACUACCCCUCAAAAGAAAGUAGUCGAGGAGAAAGUAGUGGAAGAGGAAGUUAUUGAUGAAGACUCGAAAGCAUCUGAAAAUGGUGACACGAAAGAAACCAAAGAGAAUGGCUCAAGCGAGGAGAAAGAGGUUGAUGAGAAAGAAGCAGAAUCUACGGAAAACGGAGACUCUACAGAUGCUCCUGCCGAUAGCUGUUGCGUAAAGAGGAAAUCAACGGCUGGGGCUGAUGCAGGAGAAGAUGCACAGGAUGGCGCGAGUCCCGAGAAGAAAUCGAGACUCGACGAGAAGUGUGUCGAAGCCGAGAAUAACGGCGACGCGGAGGAGGCCACGGCCUAAUAUUCUCUUAUGUUUAUUAUUGACAGACAGACCUAAUCCAUAGACGCAAUUUUAACUAUUGAGUGUGAAGCCAGGGCAGAUCAUCUGUGCAUUUUCGAAAAAAGGAUAGCAAGCAUAUAAGAGCAAAAAAACAAUACAGAAAAAGGAACAUUCGACGUUUAUUGCAUUAAAGACUUUCUGUGUUCAGGAUGCUUGGGUGUCUCUCACAGUAUUUCUUAUAAUAAAUUGGCAAUAUCGAAACGAGUCUAACAUUUAUCAAAAAAUCAUGGUUACAUGUGAUUAAUGUAAAGCUUAAACAAACCGUGUUCUCUCUGUACUGGCAUCCACUGCAUACAUAUUAUAUAUUCACUUAGUGUUAGAAUCCUAAAAUAAGGAAGUAUACUGAUAAUGUUUAGAAAUAAUAUAUUUCUAAUUCAUCAAGAGAGACAAACGAUAGUGUGCGGUGUCUGGAAAAUGGGUACAUUGUGCAACAUAAUAUUUCCACCUACUGCUAGUCCUCAUUGUUUCCGACGCACAGACACAUAUUGUAGCUUAUACAUAUAGACACACACACCUUGGAUUAUACAUUGGAGAUAGAAUACGGAUAUUUUUCUGCGAAUCAAAAUACAUUCCCGAAAAUAGAUUAUGACUUGUAAUGUUACGACUGUUCGCCGAUAAGAAACUGUUAAGAGAGCGUCAUUUCUAUAGCUGACAUUAAACGUGCAUAUUUAAAUAUUUUAUUUAUGUAAACUGUAACUUUUACAAGAAAAACUGGACAGUUUAGACUUUAGGUAAACUAUCGUGCAUUAAAUUCUGCUAGCACAUAUGUGUUUAUGCAAAAAUAAUUUUUUUUUUCUUUUUUUCAAGAAAUCACUUUCCAAAAGAGAUCUAUUAUAUGAUUUCUAAAACGUGUGUGGUCGUUUUUAAAAACUAAAAUAUAUUUCUUUUUAUUGCAUAAUUUUUUUCUUACAAGGCGUGCAGUAUACACAUAAUUUGUCUUUUAUCUCGGUUUUCAUACAUUGUACUCUUGGCGUCAUUAAUGCCUUCUCGCCUGAAGAUAUCCGCUUUCGAGUCCAAUAAUAGCUAGAUGCAUCGCGUCGUAGUUGUGUAUAGAAUAAUAUAUAUACAAAUGCUUUACAAUUAGUAAAAAAUACACAAUCGUACGCGUUAAAUUAAAUUUUAUAUUCUGUAUAAUUAUUUUUAUUACCAAUUAGCGCAAUUUUUUCAUAUUACAUUUGUAGAAAAGAAAGAUUUUAGUAAUAACAUAUUAAAACAACGCUUCUUUGUGCAACUAUUUUUUAGAGAGAUAAAAUGUAUAAUAUAUUUUAAUAUUAAAAUUGUUAUAUCUAA